AUGACAAAACUGGAUUUAAAUUUUGAACCUGCAGAACAAUUAGAUUUAAAGGACCUAAAUGAACAUGUUCUAAAGGCAGAAUACGCCAUUAGAGGUGCUAUUCCAAUGAGAGCUGAGCAAAUUCAAGAUCAAAUUAAUUUGGAUCCUGAAUCCGUGCCAUUUGAUAAGAUUACUACCGCUAAUAUAGGUAAUCCACAACAAUUACAACAGAAACCACUAACUUAUUCUAGACAAGUCGUCUCUGUAUUACAAUACCCUGAAUUAUUACAACAUCGUGAUUUAUUGGUAAAAUCUGGUGCAUAUAUGCCUGAUGCCUUAGACCGUGCUAAAAUAUUAUUAGAUAAGAUUGGUGGUUCUGUUGGUGCCUAUUCUAGUUCUCAAGGUGUACGUGGUAUUAGAGAUACUGUCGCUGAAUACAUCACUCGUAGAGAUGACGGUGAACCUGCUUCCCCUCAGGAUAUCUUUAUGACAGAUGGUGCCACUAGAGCCGUGACUUAUUUAUUAUCAUUGUUAUGUAGAGGACCUCAAUAUGGUGUAUUGAUUCCAAUACCUCAGUACCCUGUCUAUACUGCUUCCUUGACUCUUUAUAAUACUGCAGCUAUCCCAUAUUAUUUGAACGAAAAAUCAGGUUGGUCAACAGAUGCAGAAGAGAUUGAAAUACAAAUUAAGAAAACUAUCGCUAAGGGAAUUAAACCUUCCGUUAUUGUAGUGAUUAAUCCAGGGAACCCUACAGGUUCUCUAUUAAAACCUGAUGUUAUGGAAGAUAUUGUAACAUUAGCUGCUAAAUAUGGUUUAGUAAUCUUAGCUGAUGAAGUAUAUCAAGAAAAUGUUUUCUCUGAAGGGAGAAAAUUUUAUUCUUUUAAGAGUGUAUUGAGAUCUUUACAACGUCGUCAUAAAAUAAUAUAUGAUAAUGUCCAAUUAGCAUCUAUUCAUUCAACAUCGAAGGGUGUCUUUGGUGAAUGUGGUCAAAGAGGUGGUUAUUUGGAAUUAAUCGGUUUUAGAAAUUCAGUUAGAGAAGAAAUUUUGAAACUUGCUUCAUUAUCUAUCUGUGCAGUCAUUACAGGUCAAGCAAUGGUAGAUUUGAUGGUAGCUCCUCCUACAAAGGGUCAACCUUCAUAUGAAAUGGAUAAAGCUGAAAGAUUGGCUAUACAUAAUACUCUGAAAGAAAGGGGUGAAUUAUUAUAUAAUACAUUCCAGGAAUUAGAAGGUAUCGAAUGCCAAAGACCUCAGGGUGCAAUGUAUUUAUUCCCACGAUUAUAUUUCUCACAGAAAGUUUAUGAUGCUGCAAAGAAAGCUGAUUUGCAACCUGAUGAAUUUUAUUGUCAUGCUUUACUUGAAUCGACAGGUAUUUGUGUAGUUCCAGGGACAGGGUUUGGCCAAGAAGAAGGAACAUGGCAUUUAAGAACUACAUUUUUGGCUCCAGGUACCGAAUGGAUUCAGAAAUGGAAAGCCUUUCAUCAAGAUUUUUAUAAGAAAUAUGCUGAUUGA